GCUAAAGCAGACACUAUUGAUGCCCUAGAGAAGUACCGAGGACGUUGCGAACCAACAUUUUUAUUCUUUGCUGGUGGAAUUCUGACCAGUUACAUUCAUGGAGCUGAUGCACCCAAGGUUCAGAAGGUCAUAACAGAGCAGUUAGCCUCAGAACACAAAAUCUUAGAAGGAACGGGGGAGAGAAAAGAGGUCAAGGACCCUGUAAUAACCCGAGAACAGGAGAAGAUGAUUGAAAGACUCGCUGAAGAGGAGGCUUUGAGACUAGCUGAAGAGCCUGUUGGAUACACAGUUGCCUUCAUCAAGCCUGAUGCUGUAGCUGCAAACAAGGUCGAUGACAUAAUUGCUGAGAUAAAAGAAAACAACAUAACAGUUCUGGCAGAACAAGAAAGGGACAUCACUCAGGAGGAAGCCAUGGUCAUCUACUCCAGUCUUCACGAUGAGCCCUACUACGAUGAUCUCAUUAGAUUUAUCACCAGUGGGCCAUCACAUCUGAUGUUAUUAACAGUUGGGGAAUCAGGAGUUACUUCCGUCAAGGACUGGAAGGAAUUACUGGGACCCAGCAAUGUGGAGCAAGCUAAAGAAGAGGCACCAUCCAGUCUGAGAGCUAAGUACGGAGAUAAAGGCUUCAUGAACGCACUUCAUGGAUCUGCAACUAAAGAUGCUGCAGUCAGAGAACGACAACUCUUCUUUCCCAAUUACCAGUUGCCCACAUACCAGAAGAAGAAAGAAAACAUUCAGUGGACUUUAGCUAUCAUUAGACCUGAGGUGUAUGCCACCAAGAAAGAUGCCAUCGUACAGAAGAUUAAGGAUGCAGGCUUUAAGAUCAUCAUGCUCAAGGAGGUGCAGAUGACCAAGGACCAGGCGGCCGAUUUCUACAAGGACCAUGAACAUUAUGCCUACUUUGACUCCCUAGUGGAAAUCAUGUCAAGUGGGCCGUUUCUCGUACUGACCCUGUCCAAGGAUGAAGCUAUCAAAGCCUGGAAGAAUACAAUAGGUCCAUCAAACAUUGAUGAGGCCAUGGAAAAAGCUCCACAAAGUUUGCGUGCCCAAUUUCAGGGCGCGAGCGGCAUGAACCAGGUUCAUGGCUCAGACAGCGAGGAAACAGCAAAGGAUGAAAUAGCUUACUUCUUCCCCAUGGAGCAGACAGUUGCUGUAAUUAAACCACAUGCUAUGGAAUUCAAAGAUGAAAUUCUUGCCAGGAUUAAUGAAUCUGGCUUUAAGAUAGCAGCACAGAAGGAGACCACAAUUGGCCCAAUUGAAGUGGAAGUCCUCUACACAGAUAAACGGGAUAAAGCUUUCUAUGAUGAGCUGGUCAACUCUAUGACAAGUGGUCCUGCACUGUUCAUGGUGCUCUCGAGAGAAGGAGCGGUGAAAGGCUGGAGGCUUGAGAUGGGAGAUGUUGAUCCUGAAGUUGCCAAAAGCACGGACCCUGAUUCGCUGCGGGCGCUGUAUGGCACAAGCCUUCUGCUUAAUGCAGUUCAUGGCAGUUCCAGCCUUGAACGAGCCAAGGAGGAGAUGCAAAUAAUCUUUGGGGAUCUGAAGUUCAGUGAAGAUGGCACAGUUAAAGGUGCACAGCCGGACCUGGAUGCAACAGCUCUCGAACCCGAAGUUUCAGGGGAAAGAAAUGACAGAACACAGAAUGAAGCCUCGGACAGGAAGUCUCAAGAUGGCAAAGAUGAUGAUGAUGAUGCUCAGGAUGAAGCAGCAAAAAAUACACAGGAGCAUUAUGGGCAAGAGGAUGAUGGGGAGACAGGCAGAGCACGUGAUGCUGAUGAUAGGACAGACAAUAACAGCGCAGACCAUAGACAAAGGGGACGUAAAUCUCAAGGUUCAGACCAUAAUUCUGUCAAUGGGGAACAGGAGGACCAAGAAAGAGGCUACCAUGGUGAUGCUGAUGAUAAUAUCAACUCAGAACAGCGGAAGGUCACAGAGGAAGAAGCCGAAGCUGAAGCAGCUGAUGACAUAGAACAAUCUGAAGGGGCUCCUGAAGGAGGGGAAUAA